GUACAUUACUUUCUUCCUUGUAGAAUAAAGGUUCGCUUCAAUUUGAAGACAAAUGGGAUUUCAUGCGCCCUAUCGUUCUGAAACUUCUUCGUCAGGAGUCUGUCACGAAACAGCAGUGGUUUGAUCUGUUCUCAGACGUGCAUGCAGUUUGCCUGUGGGAUGACAAAGGUCCAGCAAAAAUCCAUCAGGCUCUGAAGGAAGAUAUCCUUGAUUUUAUUAAGCAAGCACAAGCAAGAGUGCUGAGUCAUCAAGAUGAUACAGCUUUGCUAAAAGCAUACAUAGUGGAGUGGCGCAAGUUCUUCACACAGUGUGAUAUUUUGCCCAAGCCUUUUUGUCAGUUAGAGAUCACUUUAAUGGGCAAACAGGGCAGCAACAAGAAAUCUAAUGUAGAAGACAGUAUUGUCCGAAAGCUCAUGCUAGAUACAUGGAAUGAAUCCAUAUUUUCAAAUAUAAAAAAUAGACUUCAGGACAGUGCAAUGAAGCUAGUUCAUGCUGAAAGACUAGGAGAAGCUUUUGACUCUCAGCUUGUUAUUGGAGUUCGAGAAUCAUAUGUUAACCUUUGUUCUAAUCCUGAAGAUAAACUUCAGAUUUAUCGAGAUAACUUUGAAAAGGCAUAUUUGGAUUCAACGGAGAGGUUUUAUAGAACACAAGCUCCCUCUUAUUUACAACAAAAUGGUGUACAGAAUUACAUGAAAUAUGCAGAUGCUAAACUAAAGGAAGAAGAGAAAAGAGCACUACGAUAUUUAGAAACAAGACGUGAAUGUAACUCUGUGGAAGCACUAAUGGAGUGCUGCGUCAAUGCCCUGGUGACAUCUUUUAAAGAGACCAUUUUAGCCGAAUGCCAAGGCAUGAUCAAACGAAAUGAAACAGAAAAAUUGCAUUUAAUGUUUUCAUUGAUGGAUAAAGUUCCAAACGGGAUAGAGCCCAUGCUGAAAGACUUGGAAGAACAUAUUGUUAGUGCUGGACUUGCGGAUAUGGUAGCAGCUGCUGAAACUAUUACUACUGAUUCUGAGAAGUAUGUAGAGCAAUUGCUUACACUGUUUAAUCGAUUUAGUAAAUUGGUUAAAGAAGCUUUUCAAGAUGAUCCAAGAUUUCUUACUGCAAGAGAUAAGGCAUACAAAGCAGUUGUGAAUGAUGCUACAAUAUUUAAACUUGAAUUGCCAUUGAAGCAAAAGGGUGUUGGAUUGAAAACUCAGCCUGAAUCCAAAUGCCCUGAGCUUCUUGCUAAUUACUGUGACAUGUUGCUAAGAAAAACACCACUAAGCAAAAAAUUAACCUCUGAAGAAAUUGAAGCAAAGCUUAAAGAAGUGCUUUUGGUACUUAAAUAUGUACAGAAUAAAGAUGUUUUCAUGCGAUAUCACAAAGCUCACUUAACAAGACGCCUGAUAUUAGAUAUAUCAGCUGAUAGUGAAAUUGAGGAGAAUAUGGUGGAGUGGCUCCGAGAAGUAGGUAUGCCAGCAGACUAUGUAAACAAGUUGGCUAGAAUGUUCCAGGAUAUCAAAGUAUCUGAAGACUUGAACCAGGCCUUCAAAGAAAUGCACAAAAAUAAUAAACUUGCUUUACCAGCUGACUCUGUGAAUAUUAAAAUUUUAAAUGCUGGUGCCUGGUCCCGUAGUUCUGAAAAAGUAUUUGUCUCACUGCCCACGGAAUUAGAAGAUCUCAUCCCAGAAGUUGAAGAAUUUUAUAAAAAGAAUCACAGUGGUAGAAAACUGCACUGGCACCACCUGAUGUCCAAUGGAAUUAUAACAUUUAAGAAUGAGGUUGGCCAGUAUGACUUGGAGGUAACAACAUUUCAACUAGCUGUUCUGUUUGCAUGGAACCAAAGACCCAGAGAGAAGAUCAGCUUUGAAAAUCUUAAACUGGCAACUGAACUCCCUGAUGCAGAACUUAGGAGGACUUUAUGGUCUCUUGUAGCAUUUCCAAAGCUGAAACGUCAGGUUUUAUUGUAUGAACCUCAAGUCAAUUCACCCAAAGACUUUACAGAAGGAACCCUCUUCUCGGUGAACCAGGAGUUCAGUUUAAUAAAAAAUGCUAAAGUUCAGAAAAGGGGCAAGAUAAAUUUGAUUGGUCGAUUGCAACUUACUACAGAGAGAAUGCGAGAAGAGGAGAAUGAAGGAAUCGUCCAGCUAAGGAUAUUACGAACCCAGGAGGCUAUCAUCCAAAUAAUGAAAAUGAGGAAGAAAAUUACUAAUGCCCAGCUUCAGACUGAACUGGUAGAAAUAUUGAAAAACAUGUUCUUACCACAAAAGAAAAUGAUAAAAGAGCAAAUUGAAUGGCUUAUAGAGCACAAGUAUAUCAGAAGAGAUGAGUCGGAUAUCAACACCUUCAUAUAUAUGGCAUAACGUGAGGACUCUGUGAGAUGCUGAGAACACAAAUGGAAGGGUGCUUGGACAGACAGCUGCAACAGUUUGUGCUGCAGAAGGACCUGUUUUGACUUUCAUUACGUAUUAAAAUCCCUGCCUUACCUUAAAGAGGACUCUAUUUUGCCAAUCUCAUUCAGCUAGCAUGAUGGCAUUCCCUUCAUGUUGCACACUUUUAACAGCAUGCUGUUUUGUGGGAAACUUGCAUUCAUGAAGAGCCCAUUGUGAACUUUUAAAAGUAGAUUUGACUUACACCCACCAGGAAGAAUACAGGUUUGGGUUUUUAGAUGACCAGUACUUGCACAAAGGAAAAAUAUUCAAAUAUUCAUGCACUGAGAAACUGCUACUAGUUUUGUUUUGGUUUUUGUUGUUGUUGUUUUUUUUUUUUAAUGCAAUUAGGACUAGAAGUAGCACUUUCACUUUUGUGUUUUGGAUCAACAGAGUCAUGUACUGUCCACCUUUGAUCCUUUUUGUAAUAACAUUUGAGAGACACAUGCCUCACAAACUGAUAUAUAUUUCUUAUCAUUAAAAUCUGUUGGCUAGAGCAGUGCUUCAAUCUAGUAACUGGAUUUUAAUAUUUGACACAUAAGUGACAUAAAAAUAAUUCCAACUCAUGGGUGAUACUUUUCUUUAAGCAAGAGAUCAUUGUUUUUAAAUUGCUUUCUGUAAAGAAGUGGAUAUACAUUAUUUGUUACUUUAUUUGGACAGAUGAUUUGGUACAAUCCUCUUUGAGAAGGCAAAGCUUUCUUGAAUGAUAUUCCACUAUAAAAACAGUUUCCACAGAUAGGUCUGUUAUAGCAAACAGAAAUAUUAAAUGUAUUUCCUUGUACAUUUAAUAUUUGUAUUCCAGGUAUUUAAAUAUGAUGUACAUCUAAACGCAUUAAAAAGAAAUUGAUGCACAAAUUCUCAGAAAGAAGAUAACACUCAAAGAUCCCUGUAUUAAUUCCUCUCUGGUAGCUCUCUCUGUAUGUAUAGAUGUAAGGUUAAUCACAUAUUGGCUCUUCUGUUCCUUGAAAGUCAGCAUCUUUGAAACUGUCAGAAUGGGAAAUACAGUUCUAACAGAGAUGGUAAAAAGCUUAGAAAAAACACCUUGUGUGAUGUAUGUGGAGAGAGUGCCAAGGACACACCAGGAAUUUCAAUUUCUUAAUGUUACCUCUUCUGUUUUCAAUCAUCUGAAGUAGUUGUUUGGCAAUGCUUGCCUCUCUGCUGCUCUGAAAUGUCCCUGCAUGUCCUGGGCUGUAAUACGACUCACUGGAGCAGAGUGCCUGUCUUGGGACAAAAGGUAAGUUGAGCCUUACUCAGUUCUGUAUGAAUAUUCGUAUAUAAAUUGCAAGUGUGCAUUUUUUUCUUAAUUUCCCAGUUCAAGUACAAUAUCUCAAGGUCUUCUCAAAUGAUUGAAAGAGGGUGGAGGAUAGGAUUGACUGCAGUCAGAAAGGAAAACCUUCCAUUAAGAGAAGGAGUUUAUUUUUACAUGGUUGCAGUAAAGGGUGAAAUAAGAGUGGUUUAAAAGCAAACUCACUACUAGAGUGGCUGUUUGCCCCCUUAAACGAGCUGCUUGGUCUGCUUAUUAAUAUAAUUGUCAUCGUGACUGCCUGCAUAUGGUGUGUGCUUGGUCCUCUGUUUGACUGAGAAAUUUGCAAUACUGGAGGUUUCAUGACCAAGAAGAGAUGGAGAGACACUGAGACCUGGCAAAUUAGUAUUUACAAAUUACAAAUUAAGCUCGAUGCUUUUAUUGAUUAAAAACAGUAGAUGCUGUUCAAAAAUACUGCAUCUUUUUUCUUCUCCUAUGGUGUUGCUAUUGAGAAUCAAAAGCAAGUGGUGCUCUGUGUAGUUAGCCACUAAAACCAUUCAAAUAUUAGAAAACAAAAUUCUAAUAAAAUCCCUGUGCUACGGGAGUUUUGGUAUAUGAAAGGUAAAUUACAAGCAAUGAGUGCUCAGAUGAGAUAGCUGGGAGAAGCUGACAACCCAGAGCUCUAAAACAUAACAGUCUGAGCACAGCCUCCACCAUAAGAAAUUCCAGCCCUUAACCACAGAGGAACACACAGCCGGAGCGCUGCAGAGGGGGCAGUGCAGCUUCUGAAGCCAUUGACUUAGGUUGAGAGAAGUUGGGAGUGUCUUAUAUGCAAUCAUUCAGGAAGUUGGAGCGCAUGCAGAAAGCAGCAGAUUGUUAAAAUCUAACAAACUGUUUUCCCUCAACUAAUAAGUAUGAAAUAGUAUAACCUCAAAGUUACCUAUGUACCUUCUCAACACCUGGGAUGUGGAAAUACACUUGGUAAUGUGCC